AUGGAAUGGGAUCCCAUAGAUCAAGAUUUCGCAAAAGCAUCAUCUGUCAUUCCCAUCUGCCUUCUGGUUUCCGUGAUCACUCUUCUAAACUGCGGCUUUACAAUUCUUUUUUUCUCUCACCUCAUCUUCUUUCCAAACCUUGCUAGACCGCAUAUUCCUCUCGACACAAUCAGAUCAUCAGUCAAGCAUGUUUUGCGACCGUUGGCCAGAAGACCGGAUAUAUCAAAGUCAUGCGUUGAAGGACACCGAGAAGUCCUUGCCUCUGGAUAUACCGUGAAGCUAAAAUGCAACAUGUACCGGCAAGGAGUGACAUACGAUGAAGUAUCCUCAUUCAGUGAAUGCGCAGCUAUUUGCGAGUCACUAGAUAUUGAUGUAUGCUCGUACCAUCCGCCGUCAAAACGCUGUGUCGUGUCCAGCCUUCAUGGAAGAGAUGUUUCCCGAGAAGGCGUCUACUACAUGACAAAAGUCGAGACCAGCGACAGACAAGACAGCGAUUCCUUGGACUUUGAAGAUCCCUUUGAGGUGGAGCCAGCACAAGAGAAAGACGACUGCCUUCACCGCCUAGCUCGCCUCGAAGCCGAACUGGAACAUUGUCGCCCGGAAUCGAUUAUACCCACGCCUUUAUGCGGCGUACAAGGCAUCGCUAUCCACGGUCGCAUCGACAUGAUAAAAGUCUCCGGCGUCGACGCAUGCAAAGCUAUCUGUCUCGCCAACCCAUCAUGUCAAGCUUACUCUGCGUCCGACGACCCGGGAGAUUGUAUAAUAGCUGAAGAACACUCAAUUGACCAAUUCCUUCUGGAAACAUUCUAUCUAGAAGCAAAACUUCGUGUAAAGUGCAGUCACAACAAUAUGUCGGCCUCUGAUUCAGUUGUCUAUCACUACCUCGCAAUCGGCAAGCUUGGCCGUGGUGAAGUCGUCAAGCUGUUUAUGAUUGAUGCUGGCAUCAAGUUUGAAGAGCGCUUGUACGCCCGAGAUGCUACUUGGCCUGAGACCAAGGAGAAGUUGAAGAAGCAGGGCCUUACUCGCACCGGACAACUUCCUUCAGUAGAGUACAAGGGCAAAGUCCUUACUGGGCACGUCCCGAUUCUCCGAUAUCUCUCGCGUGAACUUGGCGCAUAUGAUGGCACAACCAACGACGACAAGUACUUGGUCGAUCUCGUGUCAGAUAUCUAUGUCGACUGGAGAGUUCAAUGGGUAGCCAACUUAAAGGGCCUCAACCCUGAUUACAAGGAAAAGGACGCUCCUCCAUACUAUGAGCUCCUCGGUCAAUACUACGCCGAGCGUGAAGGACCAUAUCUUCUUGGAGAUACUGUCAGCUAUGCCGACUUUGCGGUCUAUGUCUCUCUUGACAACGAUAUUCGAACAAAGACACUUCCGGAAACUCUCCCCGAGUCCAUUGUCAAGUUCCGAAAUGCAUUCGAGGCCCGACCCAACAUUGCCGAGUAUAUCAAGCAGGGCUAAAACAUAGAAAAUCUAUAGACAGAAAAGCAAAUACCGCCACCUUUCACCCUUUCCUG